UCAAAUUUCAAAAACGACGCAGCAACUCUCACACACCUCUCUCUCUCUCUCUCGCUCGCUGUCUCCCUCUGAUUAAUCCCUAAAUAAAGAGAAUUAAAGAAAAACAGAGAAACGGCGGAUUGGAUGAUAUGAUAUGCGCAUUGUUGAAGCGAGAAAUCAGACUGAUUAGCAGAUCGGUGUUGAGAUUUAUUGAUAGAACGGUGUCAAGGGCCAUGGGCUGUUUCUUUGGUUGUUUUCGUGUUAGGGAUGAUGGCCGGCGACAUCACCUCGUUUCCGGUUCCUCUCGAUCUAAACCAACUAAUGCCAACCAGGACGCUGUGGAAUCUAAAAAUCGCUUAUCUUCUCUGUUUUUGUCUGAAGAGAGAGAAGAUUUUGUGUACGAUGACAGGAAAAAUCAUUACUCGGGAUCUCCACAAAUCAACAAGGAACUGAUAAAUGAGGCCAAAUUUCUAAAAGCCUGUGGCACUUUACCUGAGACACCUUCAGAAAUUCGGAAAGCAUCUGAAAAGUUAAAAGUUUCAGCUCCACUUGGCAAAGAUUUAGAGUCUUCAGAUUUUCACUCUUGGCUUCCCAACGCUUCCAUCAAGAAACUUCAGUUGGAUAAGGAAACUGAUCAGCCCCCUACUCCCGUCAAACUCUAUGAAGAGAGGGGAAAUCUUUCAGCCUCUUCCGUGCACACACCUAGCAGCUGCAUGCCUAAUGCACAGAACAUUGGAAGGAUAUCUAUCAGCUCUGUCGAAGAUGGGGAGAUGGGAAGUCCUCAAACAGCAACAAACGUUCCUACCAAGAACAAGUCGGUUCGCUUUCACUGCAAUCUCGAUACCUCUUCAUCUAAAGGUUCUUCGUCUGAAAAUGGGGGACAGAUUUUUAGGAAAUUUGAAUCUCCAGCGGAUCCGAGUGUGUCAAAGCCUUCUCCCAAACCAACUCCAUUAAAACUUUCUGAUGAGAUGCAAACACCUGGAACAGCUUUCCCUGCAAAUAUAGAACUUUUAGCAAAUGGGAAGAGUAGAAUUAGGUCUCAGUAUGUGUAUCCAGUCUUGAAUCCAGUUGAGAAUGCCUCUCAAUGGAAGGUGCUGAAGGAAGAUGAUUCUAGUUCUCUUCAACUGUCAAGUCAAACUUCUGAGCACCUGGAAAAUUCAACUCCCAAAUCAGUUGGAGUGAAGGAAACUUCCUCUGUACCACAAUUGAAGACAGAAGCAACCUUGUCUUCUUGGUUUAAGCCUCAACAAUUCGCACAUGCUAAUGAUGGUCCAAAUGAUGGAAUUGCAUCUAGCAAAAAUAACCCUUGUGAUAGAACAAUUAUGGACAGGCCUAUCAUUGGGAUGGUUGCUGCUCAUUGGAAUGAGAAUGAGCCUUCUCAAAUCCCUCCAAAGUGGUGGGAUGGGAAUGGAAUCCCAAAUUCAACUAAUAAAUACAAGGAAGAUCAGAAAGUUAGUUGGCAUGCAACACCGUUUGAGGAGAGGUUAGAGAAGGCACUGUCUGAAGAGAGUUUUAUCUCGCAAAGGAAGCAGGUCACUGGGAGACCGAUAGAUUUUGAUGAGCACGACGAAAGUGAUACCGCUCUAUCUAAGUUACAGGCUUCAACACAUUCCAAGUCAGUUGUUUCAUUCUGAUGAGCAACGGUGUCGCUGUUGACGUUCCAAUGAAUUGUGAGUUUAUUUUACAGUUGUGAUUGUCGUGAAAUGCACUCAAAGAUCAAGUUCUUUUGAAUCUCAAUUGAAGCAUCAAAUAUCAGGAUUUGCACGGUGCAAAUGCAACUGUUAAUAUAGUUCUGUCAAAACACUCGACACAGCAGGAACUGCUUCUAGUGUGAAUUUAAAAGUCAGUAAUGCAAUAACUGACUUUGGAAUGGGGGGAUGUUAAGACUUCAGAUUGCUCAUGUUUAUAAAGAGAAUUCGAUUCGAUAGGUCUUCUGAUAGUCUUGCAAAUCAUGCAUUUCAUGUCAUUCUUCCUUUCCAAAUGUUCUCUUAUCUGAUAUUGGGGGGCAUGUGGAGGUUGCAGAACCCCCUUUUUCGUAUAGCGUGCACAGUGCCUCGAGUCUUCGUAAAACCAGAGCUGCUGCUUCAGGUUGCCAUGUCUAUUAUAUAAGAACAGAAGCACACUCCUCAGACUCACACUCACUCGCCCACUACUUCCCUGAGUCUCUCUUCCAACCAAA